AAGAUGGCGGCCGCAAGGCUGGCUCUGCGCGGCCGGGUUUCUGCAGCCGGGUAGCCGGUGACACUCGUUGGCCUCCGCUUCUGGACCUCCUCCGCGCCCCCGCGGUCUCGUCUCCGGCCAGGGCUGCAGAAAGGGUCCCACCGAUGCGAUGCCUGUCUCGGUGCAUGCAUGAGAGACGCCACAGUCGCCUCCUCCGCUGCUGCCAGAGCUAUGGAGGAGCCGGAGCGCAGCUCUUCGGCCAGCAGGCAAGAGUGCAAGUCAGAAGAUGUCACUUGCAGAAUCUCCGAAUCUGAUUCUGAGGAGUUAUCCGAUGAAGCAAAUGCUGAACCUUUCUAUGGAACUUCUCCUCCUAGCACACCACGGCAGAUGAAACGCAUGUCAACAAAGCACCUGAAAAAUAAUGUUGGGAGACCUACUAGCCGUUCCACUUUGAAAGAGAAGAUGACCUCAUCAAACCAGCUGUCUAACAAGGACAACAUCAAAACCACGGAGAACACAGAAGAGCACAGCUAUAAGCAGGGGAAAAAGACCCGAGCCACCCUAAGGACAACAGAACGGGAUCACAAGAAAAAUGUACAGUGCUCAUUCAUGUUGGACUCGGUUGGUGGGUCCUUGCCAAAAAAACCGAUUCCAGAUGUUGAUCUCAAUAAGCCUUACCUCAGCCUUGGCUGCAGCAAUGCGAAGCCUCCAGUAUCUGUACCUGUGCCUAUAGCCAAAACCACACGUCAGACUUCUCGUACUGAUUACCCUGCAGACCGUUUAAAGUUCUUUGAAACCCUACGGCUUUUGUUAAAGCUUACCUCAGUUUCCAAGAAAAAGGACAAGGAACAGAAAGGGCAGGAAAGCACCUCCGCUGUUGAGUUAAACCGAUCCAAUGAACUAAUCUGGCUUGAGCUUCAGGCUUGGCAUGCAGGCCGGAGUAUUAAUGACCAAGACUUCUAUUUAUAUACAGCCCGCCAAGCCAUCCCAGAUAUUGUCAAUGAAAUUCUUACUUUCAAGGUGAACUAUGGGAACCUCUCCUGUGUAGGGAAUAGAGCUAGUCUUAAUGGUACAUCAGGAGGACAGUGUAAAGCAGCCCACGGUGCAAGUGCUGUGAGCUAUGCAAGCUACCAUGAACACCUCCAUCACCAGCGAGUGUCGUUUGAGCAGGUAAAGCGGAUAAUGGAGCUGCUAGAAUAUGUAGAAGCACUUUAUCCAUCUCUGAAGGCCCUUCAAAGUGAUUAUGAAAAGUAUGCUGCAAAGGAUUUUCAGGACAGGGUGCAGGCACUCUGUCUCUGGUUAAAUAUUACAAAAGACUUAAACCAGAAGUUAAGGAUUAUGGGGACUGUUUUGGGGAUCAAGGAUCUCUCUGACAUUGGCUGGCCAGUGUUUGAAAUCCCUUCUCCACGCUCAUUCAGGGACAAUGAUCCAGAGGAUGAUAGGGAAACCUCGGGGACAUGCACAGAGGAAAGUGAAGAUGAAGAACAAAUCUCUGAAGAGAAUGUGGAGGAACUCAGACAAGCCAUCCAGAAUAAUUUUACCAAUAAGCCAAAUUUUGACUUUCGGGCACAAGACCAUUUGUCGAGGAAACUUGACAGGCUUGAAUCUGAGGAUGACUCAACUGGCUGGGUUGUUAUGGAGUGCAGUGGUGAGGCAGGCUGCAGCAGACACUGUUUGACCUCUAUUUAUAGACCAUUUGUAGAUAAAGCACUGAAACAAAUGGGCUUGCGAAAGCUAAUUUUAAGACUGCACAAGUUAAUGCAUGGUUCCUUGCAAAGGGCUCGAAUGGCAUUGAUAAAGAAUGAUCAGCAGUUGGAGUUUUCAGAGUACCCUGAUCCCAUUUUAUGUUCAGAUUACGUGCAGUUGUCAAAUUCUCCGUCUUCUUCAGAUCAAAAAUGCAGUACUGUGUCAUGGGAAGAGCUGAAAUCAAUGGAUUUACCAUCUUUUGAACCUGCAUUUCUAGUUCUUUGCCGUGUCCUUCUCAAUGUCAUCCAUGAGUGUCUCAAAUUAAGGUUGGAACAGCAGCCUGCUGGAGAGCCAUCUCUCUUGAGUAUUAAGCAGCUAGUGAGAGAGUGUAAAGAGGUUCUGAAAGGUGGCCUGCUAAUGAAGCAAUAUUAUCAGUUUAUGUUACGCGAGGUGUUAGAUGAUUUACAGAAGAACAACCUCAACAUUGAUUCUUUCGAGGAAGACCUGCAUAAGAUGUUAAUGGUUUACUUUGAUUAUAUGCGAAGCUGGAUCCAAAUGCUACAGCAGUUACCUCAAGCAUCUCAUAGUUUGAAAAAUCUCUUGGAAGAAGAAUGGAAUUUCACCAAAGAAAUAACUCCUUACAUAAGAGGAGGUGAAGCUCAAGCUGGAAAACUAUUCUGGAGGUCUGUUAUAGAGAUCAGCCGGGCACUGAAAGAGCUGUUUCAUGAAGCUAGAGAAAGAGCCUCCAAGGCUCUUGGCUUUGCCAAGAGGUUAAGGAAGGACCUUGAAAUAGCAGCAGAGUUCACAUUGUCUGCUUCAGUGCGUGAGAUCCUCGGUGCCCUGAAAACACAACAGUAUAUGAAGGUACAAAUCCCUGGGCUUGAAAAUGUACAGAUCUUUGUGCAAGAAAGUCUUUCAGGAGAGAAGUCUAUUAUCUUGCAACUGCUUAAUGCCGCUGCAGGAAAAGACUGUUCAAAAGACUCGGAUGAAGUUGCAGGCGAACCCUUCUUGCUGAUGACUAAAUACAGUGAUAAAGAUCAUGAAGGAGACGACAGCUGGAGCACAUGGGAAGGACAGCUUGUCAAACUAAUGCCUCAGGUGGAAACGAUUGAUACACUGAAAAAUAUGCAGAUUGACAACCUCCUCCUUGUAGUCAUGCAGCCUGUUCAUCUUGUGAACCAGAGAAAAAAUUUCCAACAGUCCCUUGAAGGAUUGGUCUCUUUACAUCAGGAGCAAACAUCCAGCCAGCCGGUUGUUGCCAAAGCAUUGCAGCAGUUGAAGAGUGAUGCUUUGCAGCUGUGCAAUAAGAUAAGCGGUGCAAUUGACAGAGUUGAUCGCAUGUUCACAUCUGAAUUUGAUGCUGAAGUGGAUGAGUCAGAAUCUGCCACAUUGCAGCAAUAUUAUCGGGAAGCCAUGAUUCAGUGUUACAAUUUUGGUUUUGAGUACCAUAAAGAAGUCAUUCGUCUGAUGUCUGGAGAAUUCAGACAGAAAAUUGGAGACCAGUAUAUCAGUUUUGCAAGAAAGUGGAUGAAUUAUGUGCUUACUAAAUGUGAGAGUGGUCGAGGCACCAGACCAAGGUGGGCAACACAAGGUUUUGAUUUUCUUCAAGCCAUCGAGCCAGCUUUUAUUUCAGCUCUGCCUGAAGAUGACUUCUUGAGUUUACAGGCUUUGAUGAAUGAAUGUAUUGGCCAUGUAAUCGGAAAGCCUCACAGUCCUGUUACAGCUAUUCAUCGGAAUAGUCCUCGUCCUGUGAAAGUACCACGAUGCCAUAGUGAUCCCCCAAAUCCUCAUCUCAUCAUCCCAACGCCUGAUGGGUUCAGCACAAGGAGUGUCCCAUGUGAUGUACGGAACCAUUGCAACGCUGCUCUUAGUCGCCCCGCUCCCGUCGGUGGUGACUCAACUCAGCCAAAACCUGUCAGCAGUGCAAAUGAUAUCAGAGGUUCCAGUGUCCCCGAAAACGAUCGACUGGCUUCAAUUGCUGCUGAGCUGCAGUUUAGGUCUUUGAGCCGCCACUCCAGUCCCACCGAGGAACGUGAAGAGCCGUCUUAUCCUAAAGGAGAUUCUAGUGGGUCAACCCGAAGAAGUUGGGAGCUUCGAACUCUCAUCAGUCAGACCAAAGACUCUGCCUCCAGGCAGGGGCCCAUGGAAGCAGUUCAGAAAUCAAUUCAACUAUUUGAAGAAAAAAGGUACCGAGAAAUGAGGCGGAAAAAUAUCAUUGGCCAAGUUUGUGACACCCCCAAAUCUUACGAUAAUGUCAUGCACGUAGGCUUAAGAAAGGUGACUUUUAAGUGGCAAAGAGGAAACAAAAUUGGAGAAGGUCAGUAUGGGAAAGUGUAUACCUGUAUCAGUGUUGACACUGGUGAAUUGAUGGCUAUGAAAGAAAUAAGGUUUCAACCAAAUGAUCACAAAACGAUCAAAGAAACUGCAGAUGAGUUGAAAAUCUUUGAAGGCAUUAAACACCCUAACCUGGUUCGGUAUUUUGGUGUGGAGCUCCACAGGGAAGAAAUGUACAUAUUCAUGGAAUACUGUGAUGAGGGAACUCUGGAAGAGGUGUCAAGGCUUGGUCUCCAGGAACACGUCAUUAGGCUCUACACAAAGCAGAUCACAACAGCCAUCAAUGUUCUGCACGAACAUGGUAUAGUUCAUCGAGAUAUCAAAGGAGCAAACAUCUUCCUUACUUCAUCUGGGUUGAUUAAGUUGGGAGACUUUGGCUGCUCAGUAAAGCUAAAGAAUAACACACAGACCAUGCCUGGUGAAGUGAACAGUACUUUGGGGACUGCAGCAUACAUGGCUCCUGAAGUAAUCACUAGAGCGAAAGGAGAGGGCCAUGGACGUGCAGCAGACAUCUGGAGCCUGGGCUGUGUCGUGAUUGAGAUGGUCACUGGUAAGAGGCCCUGGCAUGAGUAUGAACACAACUUCCAGAUCAUGUAUAGGGUAGGAAUGGGUCAUAAACCUCCCAUACCAGAAAGGAUAAGCCCUGAAGGAAAAGACUUCCUUUCUCACUGCCUGGAGAGUGAUCCAAAGAUGAGAUGGACAGCUAGCCAGCUCCUCGAUCAUUCAUUUGUCAAGGUGUGCACAGAUGAAGAAUGAAGGUAUACACAUGUAGCCUCCUGUACUCUGGUGAAGUAUCCUUUAAUCACUACUGUAUGUAAUAUUUACAUAAAGACUGUGCUGAGAAAUGGUAUGAAGCUCCAAACCUACCGUGACUCAAGACUGCACAAGUGACCGGUGUCACUUCUCCUGCUGCUCUCGAACAUUUUCCUUGGCACGUGUUGCUCCUGUGACGGCACCUGCGAGUUUAAAGAAGCUGCAUGUUUCAGUGAAAGUGCCAUUACUACUGUAUAAUGGACCAUGACCCUAUUUUUGUUCCUCCUUCUCAGUUUCUCAUAUGAUUGAGUACUGUCAUGUUAAUAUGUAGUAUUUUUGAACUUUCUAGGUUCGAAAAACAACAACAAAGGUUAGUGUUAUAUCAGGCAUUCUGGACCUUAUUUUUAAUCUCCUGUUUGUUGAGUGCACUGACUGUGAACUUCUACCUUAUUUUUUGUUCUUUUUUUUAUUG